GCUUAUAAGUGCGAUGCCAGCAAAUGGUACCGAGAUCUUGCCACCGCUUCUCCCUGUUUCACCUGAGGACCAUGGAGCGUGGGUGAUUACCGUGAGUACUAUAUUGUUGAUAGUCGUGGCUUUGGCGACUUCGGUGACGCUUAUCUCGCGGGUGCGAAUUCUUCGCUCGUUGACUUGGACUGACACUUUCCUCGUUGCGGCAACGGUAAGUAUACCAUGUUGUAUGUUCUUUGCUGGAAUAUAUUGACCAUUCCUGGAAGAUCCUUUUCAUUCUUCAAACGACUUGCGUGAACUUUGCCAGUUCGAACGGUAUCGGUAAGCACAGGGAUGCGUUAAAUGAUGUGGCGUUUCAAUCUUAUAACAAAGUCAGCUCCUGGUUUGUUAGCAGGCGAUUACUGAGAAACUGACUACGUGCAGUUUGUCUGCGCAAGCCAAAUCCUCUCGGUUAUCGUGUUGGCGUGCUCUAAGGCUGCAGUUGCACUUCUCUUGAUUUCCAUAAAACCGUUUAACACUGUCCUUGUCGCGUGUCAAGUGCUUCUAGGGCUGAUUGGAGCAUGGACCAUCGCAUUUGCUAUCAGUCUAGCUGUCCAAUUUGCACAGUCCCAGUUAUGGAACUCCAACCCCAGCAGUUACAUGAACCAGGAGGCACUUUGCACAGGUCUGGCGGUGUGCCACAUAAUGCUUGAUAUAGCUCUUGUCGCAUUACCUGUUAUCCUGAUAUGCAAGGUCCAGAUGUCGCAGUGGAAAUGCCUCCAAAUUUGCGCUCUCUUUGGGUUACGUGUACUGGUUCCUGCCCUGACUAUACAGUACAUCGUGUCGCUUCGCCCUGUCUUCCACUCAAUACCCCUCGACCAACCCUGGCAUAUUCUCAUGCCAACACUAUGGCUGCAAUUGAUACAAGGUGCAUCUAUUAUCUGCACAUGUAUCCCGAACCUCAAACGGGCUCUCGCUGAGCUACAAACAGGGAUGAUGGCUGGCACUGUUUCUGAGUUGUUCGAACUUUCAGUUUCCGGGGCACAUAGCGAGUUGACGGAUGGUCCUACGUCAAAGCCAGGAAGACAGAGGGCGAAUGCGACCGAGCACUACGGGCUCGACUCAGGUGGUCGCAGAAAGAAGCACAUGGAAGGGCUGCGCCCCAGUAACCACAGGCGGAUGAUAGAACCGAGUGAGAGCAUGCGAGAUCUCAGAGGAAGUGCUAUAAUACAGACAGUCGGGUAUGAGGUCCGUUGGGAGGGAGGUGAGUGUAGUAGAUCUUCUUCUACUUCACGGGGUAUACCGGGAAACCAUGGCGAUGGCUUGUCGGGUUGGUAGUUUCAAUAGCUGGUCGAUGCUUAAAUGAGA